AUGGUGGUCCCCUUUGUCCUUUUCCAAACAUUGAACAAACAUGUCUCUUUGGUGUCUUCACUGGGAAGGUAUGAGACUGUCAGCAGGCAGCAAGCCACAGAUGCCAAGGGCCUAGUGCAUUGCCUGCCUCUGUUGGAAGCUUUGUUGGAUCUUUCCCCCACAGGUGAGAUCCACCCAGGUCCUCUGAGGCAAGCAUUGCUGAAGCUGGUCCAGCACAAACCGAAGAUAAACACAACAGACUUCAAUGGACUGGUAUACUGCAACAUGAGAGCAGAAAGGGUUACAACUGUCCUCCUUCAUCUUAGAAGGUUGAAAUCUGAGGAAGAGCUUGCAAAAGUAGCAGCAAAAGUGAGUGGAAAAGAAUACCAGCUGCUGAAAGAGCUUGCACAAAACUUGGCAGGCAAGGACACAGAGCAAAGCAGUGAUGAGGAAAGAGAAGCUGCUUCCCUUGACAAAAGGGGGCAGCAAGAGGAAGAAGAAGCUGGCCCCCUUGCCAAAAGGAGGCAGCUUAAGAAAGAAGAUUCUGCCAUCUCCAUGGAUUCCAGUGGCUUCCCCAAGUGCUUGCAAAGCCCACAGCAAUCCAAUGCCUUGCCAUUGGAGGCUAGUCCUGACACCAAGGAUGCCCAAGCCAAAACUGAGCCAGUGAAAGAGGAGGAAGGCCUCACACUCAAAGAAGCACCAGAGUACCUUGACAAAAGGUGGGAUGUGAUCCAAGAGUGUGGCCAGUGGGGUAUUGAGUGCUGGGCAAUUGUGCCCUGGUGGAAUGCCCAUGGUAAGCUUGCCCAGCUGGGCAAGCUGACUUUGGAUGAGAAAGUGAAAAAAGCAACAGAAAAAGCAAACACAGCAGAGGAAGCAGCCAUAGUCUUAAAAGAUUCUUUGACAAAAGAUGAAUCUGCUAAGCUGUGGUCCAAGCACAAAACCUAUUUGAAGGGAAAGGAAGAAGAGAAAGAGGCUCAUGAGCAGUUGGGGAAGAAGGAAAAAGGACUUGAAGUUGCUCUUUGGUUUCUCAAGCCCAAGAAAGGUGUGUUCUUCCAUACAGAAACCUCCAAAGAAGCCAGUGAAACCUUGACAAAAGGUGAGAAAUGGGUCAGUGAACACAAGAUGCUGCAGGAUUUCAGCAAAGAUGAAUUUGAACAGCACUUGGCAUCAGGAAGGGUCAAAUGGCGCUCAGACCCAUGGACCCCUGGCAUCUACCAAUACUGUGACCAGGGGGACCUGACCAAACAGGUCCAGCUGAAGAAAAAGCACAAAGUCACAGUGGGGCAGGAAAGGGAAAUGGAUGAUGCAGAGGAUGAAAAGGAGUUCAUGAGCUAUUGGGGCAAAGGCUCUUUGGCCAGCAUGCAGGAGGCUGAGGUUGCCUUCAAAGGCCAGGGCCCUGCCUUGACAAAAGGUAAGGGCCAAGGUGCCUUGACAAAAGGCAAAGGGAGCAAAGGAAGCAAAGGAAGAGGCAGAGGAGUGCUGGCCAUAGAGGAUGGUGACCCAAAUGACACAGAAGAUGACAAAGACAAGAAGACACCUGAAGAGCAAUGGGCUGAGUGCUUGACAAAAGCACAAAAAUCCAAAGAGCAUCUCAGGGUGGCAGUGGGAAACUUGGAAGAAGCUUUGGAAGCUGCUAACCAAGCAGGCAGAACUUCCAAGCAAGACAGGGGCCAUGGUUUGGAGCUGGCCAAGCUAGAGACAGAGCCCUUGACCAAAGGGGAUGGUGAGCAGAGUGUGCUGGCACAAACACUUUUGUCCUUGUGGAGCCAUGGGAAGGGCCUUGCCAAAAGGCAGGUGCAAGACCCUGAGACUACCAUUCCAAUAUUCAUUCAUGCUGAUGGAGUCGAGUUCCAGAGUAGAGCAGAGGUUACAGGGCUGUGCUUUGGUCCAUUCAAGGGGACCAAGAAAUGUACAGCAAUGUUCUUCACCUGCCCCAUUGGAAUUCCCACAACUGCUGCCAUGCUUGUGAUGCCCAGCCUCACCAUUAGAAUGGUUCGACAGGAUGGGCUGCAUGUGCUUUUUGUGAAAGGUGUGUGUUCACACCUGCUUGGCUCUUUGCUUCACCAUGUGUGUUACAACCAAGGCAGAGGCAAGCAAAACAAGCAGCCCAGCCAAAGGCUGGCAUUGAUUUUCUCCAAGAUCCAGGAAAAUUACAAGGAACUUCAGACACCAACUCGACUCACCAACCUCAGAUUGAGCAUGAUCUGUGAUCCCUCCAAGCCUCACCAAGAGUAUGCCAAACUAGAAGCAAAAGGAGCAGAGACAAAACAUUUGCUCAGUGCAUUCUUACCAGUGCUGAAAAGCAUACUAGAACCAAACAAUACCCUUCACCAACACAUGGUGGGAGCUCUGGAGGCAAUGGUGGACUUGGUUGCUGCAUUUGAUGCAGCAGGGCUGUUUCCUUGCCCAAAGGAAUUUCAAGCCAUGCAGGACCUUGACCAAAGGUUUUGCAGGCAUUACACAGAGCUGAACAAGUGGGCCCAGAAGAAUGACCAUAAACUUUACCACAUUGUCUACAAGCACCAUUGCCAACAUCACCUGGUCAAGGAGGCACAAUUCUUGAAUCCCAGGUACACAUGGAACUUCAGAUCUGAAGACUUUGUGGGGAGGGUGGCAACAUUAGCCAGAUCAUUGGCUAUGGGAGUCAAAUCAACAAGACUUUCAGGCAAGCUCAUGAUUAAGUAUCGCAUUCUUUUGCACAUGCAGCUGACAAGACUUGGGUUUGACUUGGGUGUGUCUCCAGACAGUGAUGGUGAAGAAUGGUAG